AUGCCGCUCACAUCGCUUAGAAGAAAUCUUCUCCUCCAACAUCGCCGCUUGAAAGAAUAUCAGUUGAAGCAGAAAAGGAUUCGACUUUUGAAAAGAAAUGAAGAAUUGCUCCGACAUUUGCGCUUAUAUAGAAAAAACCUACUGCGACUACGGGAAUUGGCUAAAAAAGCAGAGAAGUAUUAUCAGAUCAAGUUGGAUCGCGGACGACACUCUAGGAAAUUCAAAGUGCAGGAGAAUGUAUACAAUGUGAAUUUUAAGCCUUUACCCGAGAAAGACCAUUCUCCUUUUGUCCGGAAUGUAUUGGAUGCCAUGUUGAACGAAGUCAAGAGUGAAAUGAACUGCCGUCCGAACGACUAUCUGCGGUUGAACAUACGACACCCUUCUUUGGACUCCGACAUAUGGUAUGAAUUUACUCAAAGCAAGCAUCUCGACGCCCGGGGGAUACUAGAAAAAAUUAAAGGUGUGCAGCAAUCCAAGAGAGAUUUCACCAUGACCGACGGAGCUAUACAAUUCGAAUUUUUUCAUGUACAGUAUCCCGAAGGAAGUGGCGGAAAUAAGAAAAAACAUCUGCUCCUCAACAAGGAGAAUUUCAAAAAGGGUAAAAAAUCUAUUGUGAGCAUUCAAAAUACGGAUUCUUUGUGUUUACCGCGAGCAAUCGUGGUCGCUCGAUUGCACAGUAAAAAACCUCAGGAUCCCGUAGCUCUGGAAGUCUGGGGAAAACAAUGGACUCGAAUGAUGAAAGGUGACUGUAGAAGUGUAGAUCAGAAAAAACAGGCUCUAGAGCUCAUGGAACUUGCCGGAUGUGAUCCCGAGUUACCCUGUGGCCCUAUAGAGUGGAGGAAGUUACAGCAGGUAUUGUGCCCUGAAUUUCGACUAAAGAUCUUUCAAUUUGAAACUAACACGCGCGCACUGAAAUUAAAACCAAUCUACAAGGGUCACGGCAACGGGAAAUGUCUGAACGUGUUGCUAGAUCGAGGGCAUUACGAUACCAUACUUUCCAUGCCCGGAGUCAGCGAACACAAAUAUUACUGUGAUUAUUGCGAUGUUGGAUAUAGCCACAUCGAAGAGCAUCGUACCAAGUGCCCUCAUCGCUGCUCAUUUUGUUUGGGCGACACUCCCUGUCCCCCCGAAGGCUUAAGCAUCGAAUGUUCCGAGUGUCACGGAUUUUUUAAGAGCAUGGGGUGUUACCAGAGACAUUUAGAACCUACCAACUCUAAGACCAACACUUCAGUGUGUCAUUUAAUGGAUCGAUGCCAGCACUGUCAGACCUGGAUGACCAAAAAAUUAUUAGCUAACCACAAGUGCAAAGGACAAAAACAAUGUAAGAUCUGUAAGAAAAUUGUAGAGAGCGAUCACCAGUGUUACGUGCAAAAGAAGCCCGAGAAGAAAAAGGACAAAUUACAGCUGUACAUUUAUUUCGAUUUCGAGUGCACUCAAGAGCAUGGAAUUCAUUCCCCUAACUUGUGUGUGGCUCAUCGGGUGUGUCAACAUUGUGACCAUUUACCUGUGGAUGAAGCCUGUACGCACUGUCAGAGUUUAGGCCCCCGUCAACACGUGUUUCAAGGACCGGAUACCUUAAAGGAGUUCGUAGAUUGGCUAUUGAAAUCUGAAUGUCAGAACAAAACCACCCAUUUAGUGCACGAUGGGGCCAUCGUCAUUGCUCACAAUUUUAAGGGAUACGAUGGACAAUUUAUCUUGAACUAUAUCGUUCACAAAGCUUGCAUCAAACCCUCGGUCAUCAUGAAUGGAAGUAAGAUCUUGUCCAUGAACAUUUGUGACAUAAAAUUCAUCGAUUCCUACAACUACUUACCUUUUGCACUCGCAAAGAUGCCUUCUGCUUUUGGGUUACAAGAACUGAAAAAAAGGUAUUUCCCUCAUUUUUUCAACACGGAGCAGAACCAGGAUUACUUGGGAGUCUAUCCACCCCCCGCUUACUACAACCCAGACGACAUGAGCACCGCGGGGCGUAAAGAUUUUUAUGCCUGGUACGAACAGCAACGAGGAAAAGUGUUUAACUUCCGAGAAGAAUUCCUAGCCUAUUGUAUUUCGGAUGUGGACAUUUUAAGGCGCUGUUGUGCAAAGUUUAGAGCUACCAUACAGUCUCAGGUUCGCGUGAAUCCCUUUCAGGAAGCUCUCACUUUUGCCAGCACUGCCAAUUUAGCUUACCGGCGGAGUUUCAUGUCAGAUCAAACCAUUGCCAUCAUUCCCAAUCUGGGUUACCAUCCUGCUCGCCAGUAUUCCAUCAAAGCCUGCCGUUGGUUGGCCUGGAUGGGUCGUCGAUGUUCUAUACGACAUGCUAAAAACGGAGGUGAGGUUCGACUGGAAAAUUACACCGUGGACGGUUACGAUGAGAACACGCAGACAGUGUAUGAAUUCCAUGGAUGCUAUUGGCAUGGCUGUCCCACCUGUUAUCCAGAUCGAACCACAGACAUUCAUCCUCACCAUCCAGACAGGACUUACGCCACGGUCUACGAGCAGACCCUCCGUCGAGAACAAGAGUUAAGGGAUAAAGGAUAUAAAGUCAUUAGUAUAUGGGAACACGAAUUUGACAGUCAAUUAAAAAACCAAGAGGAGUUACAGAACUUUGUACAAGAAUUAGACUUUCAAGACCCCUUGAAUCCCAGGGACAGCUUGUAUGGAGGCCGGACCAAUGCCAUUCGUUUGUUCUGUACAGAGGGAGAUAUGCGCUAUGUAGAUGUCUGUUCUCUGUAUCCUUACGUGCUAAAGUACAGGCCUUUUCCUGUGGGACACCCCGAAGUCCUAAGUGAUAAUUUCGGAGACUUGAGAGCCUAUUUUGGAUUGAUUAAAUGCCGCGUUUUACCCCCACGCGGUCUCUAUCAUCCCGUCUUGCCUUAUCGUUCCGGAGGAAAAUUACUAUUUCCCCUAUGUCGGACAUGUGCCGAACAACGACAGAGUCUGGAACCGGAGUACCAAUGUUUGCAUUCUGAAUCUGAACGCUGUCUCACUGGAACCUGGGUAAGCACUGAACUCCAUAAAGCGAUGGACAUGGGAUAUCGAAUUGAGCGCAUUUACGAAAUCUGGCAUUUUCCUCAAACUAGUAACACCUUGUUCAAAGCCUACAUAGACACCUUUUUGAAAAUAAAACAAGAAGCUUCAGGAUUUCCCCCCGAAUGUGAGAGCGAAGAGGAAAAACGGAGCUACAUUCUUGACAUUUUUGAAAGAGAAGGUAUCAUGUUAGAUCCCUCUCAAAUCGAGAAAAACCCCGUCAAAAGAACGAUUGCCAAACUGUUUUUGAACUGUCUGUGGGGAAAAUUCGCUCAGAGAAUUCAACUACCUAAAUCUCGUUAUUUGACCGAAGAAGAAGAAUUACAACAGCUGUUACAGGACUGCAGUCUAGAGGUCAAAGGGAUAGAACUCUUGGAAAACUCUGAAGAUCCCAACUUGGACAUGAUUUUAGUCAAUUACCAAGAGAAACGGGAAUUUCUGGAAGAAUGUCCCUUCGGUAACGUGGUAUUGGCUUGUUUUACCACGGCUCAUGCUCGCCUGCAUCUCUACGAAACCUUAGAACAACUGGGGGAACGUGUGCUAUACUUUGAUACCGACAGUAUCAUCUACCAACACGAGGAGGGUAAAUUCAAUCCUGAAAUUAUCAACAGUUUAGGUGGCUGGACCGACGAACUGGAUGGAGAUCGGAUAGUAAAAUUCAUGUCUGGAGGACCUAAAAAUUAUGCCUACAUCACCGAGAGCGGUAAAUCUGUGUGUAAAGUGAAAGGAUUGACUCUGAAUUACAGAGCCUCAACCAUAGUGUCUCCCGAAGCCCUUGAAAAAAUGUUAAAAGAAGAAAUCGAUAUCAUCAAUGUGACUUAUCCCAAGUAUAUUCAUAGAACCCGCCAACAUACUGUCCAGACGCUACCGCUUACCAAACAAUACAGGAUUGUGUAUGAUAAACGCCAGAGGAUAUCUGACUACCGAACCCUACCCUAUGGAUUUUGA